AUGUCUGUCCAACGAGUCUCCACGGAUUCAAUAAGCAGUCUCCUAGAUGAGGUUCUUGGCAAAGUCCUGUCCCUGCUUCCGACAAAGCAAGCAGCUUCCACAUCGGUUAUGUCCAAAAGGUGGAGGAAUCUGCUUUCUCUCGUAGACAGCCUCGAUCUGAGCGACGACGCAACUGCAACUGCACACUCACGACGCUUCUCGAGUGGACAAUUGGAUCCGCACUGUCCUGGAGCGAAGAAGCUUCUCGGAACUUCACUUAGAGAGCGAGUAUAUCCACGUUAUAGAAACAAAGUCCUUCGCGAGCGACACGCUCGUCAAGAUGAGGAAGAAAAAGAUGAUGAUGAUGAUAGUGUUUCUGGUGAGGAAGAUGCUAUAAUUGAAGAUGAGGAUGAGUAUGAUGACGACGACGAUGAUGAUAUUUUGCCUGAUGUUACGAAUUUGGUUGCAGGAAUAAUCAAUGUUAAAACUCUUCACUUGUCUCUGAUAAGCCUUGAGGUGUUUCACCUAUACAGUAAAUCAAUGCCUGUCUUUCAUAAGCUCCUUACUUUGUCUUUUGAGAGUGACAAAGAAAGAGGCUGGCAAGUGGUGCCACUUCUUCUCAACAACUCUCCCAACCUAGAAACUCUAGUCAUCAAGGGCCUUGUGCACCGAGUUACAGAUAGAUGCGGGGACGCCUGUGUUUGCGUCGCUAGGAAGAAUAAGGAGGAGGAAGUAUGUUGUUUAUCGACAUGUCAAGUGAAGGUGCUAAAGGUUUCAGGGUAUAGAGGAACUCGUAGAGAGCUGAAUCAGAUGAAGCAUUUCUUGGGAAAUUUGAAAUGUCUUGAAACUGUCAAGGUUGAUGUUGAAGUUGAGAACCACCGAGAAGACAAAAAUGUUAACAAGAACUACCAGAGAAUCACCAAUGCUCUUACUAAGCUUCCCAUAGCUUCAUCAAAUCCAUUUCUUUUGAUCUACCCUCUUUGUAACUAAGU